AUGGCUCGUUAUGGACGCGUGUACAAGGAUGCUGAUGAGAAAGAACAACGUUCAAAGAUUUUUCAAGAGAAUGUUCAGUACAUAGAGUCAUCCAACAGUGUCAUGAACAAAGCUUACAAACUAGCAGUCAAUGAAUUUGCAGACCUUAUAAACCAAGAGUUCACGAGCACAAGGAACCGAUUCAAGGCACACGAAUGUUCCCCAUCGACCUCUGCUUUCAGGUAUGAAAAUGUGACAGCAAUUCCAUCAUCAAUGGACUGGAGAAAGAAAGGAGCAGUAACACCUGUUAAAGACCAAGGCCAAUGUGCUAUGGAAGGAAUAACCCAACUGAAAACAGGUAAAUUGGUGUCUCUAUCCGAACAAGAGCUCGUGGACUGCGGGAUCAAGAAAGGAGCUUUAAACAGGACUUAUGAUGAUUUAUUCUGUCUUGAAAUCCUUAGGAGGUUACUUCAAGUAAGCCCAGAUGAAAUCUUGAUACAAUCAACUGAGGUAAUUGGUCAACGAAUAAAGAAGGAGCCUCUUCUUAAUUCAUUUACUAAGUUAAUUAGUUUGCUUUCAUCAAGUGUCAAAGCAGAUUCUACUGCUGUAGCAAUAACAACAACUGAUCUUGUGAGCAAGAGUGUAGCAGUUGUAGAUAGGGAUACUAGCACCAAUGCUACCAUUAUUGCUUUGGCUAGUGGUUUAUCUGAAUCAAAUGUAAUGCAAGGGCUUGCCAAAUCAAUAGCAUGGGAUGGAGAAGGAGCAACAAGUCUAAUAGAGAAAGAACAACACAUGGAUGACCCUUCAGCUCGGCAAUAUAGAUACUAUGAGCAAGUUCAUAGAUUGAGAGUCCUUAAGUGGUGUUAUUAA